AUGAAAUCAACGAAAGUUAUUUCACCAUUACUUUCAUGUCAAGCAUUAACCGAACUUUUACGUUCACCGCCGAAAAGAAUAUCAAUUCUUGAAGCAGACAUUGGAAAACAAUUUCAACAAGAAUUUCAAUCUACUCAUAUUCCACAAGCUCGAUAUUUCGAUCAACUGGAAUGUACACAACCAACGAAAUUAAUACCACGAGGUUUACCUGAAAUCAAAUGUUUCGAAUCGUAUCUCUCACGUUUGGGCGUAUCCAAUAAUGAUCAUAUUGUUCUCUACGAUCGCUCACCUAUGGGGUUCUAUGCAUCGACUCGAGCCUGGUGGUUAUUUAAAACGUAUGGAGUUAAUAGUUUAUCAAUUCUUAAUGGUGGCUUUCUUAAAUGGUUAAAAGAAACUAAUAAAACUGAAUCAUCCGAUAAUAAUCCUGCCAAAACAGAAGAGACAGGAAAGUUUACCGUUCGUUUCAAUGAACAAAUGAUAAAAAACUAUAAUGAUAUAUUAAAUCUCGUAUCAACAAACAGUAAAGAAUCACAACUUGUUGAUGCAAGACCACCCAGUCUAUUUAAUGGUGCAAAUGCUGGACAUAUUCGUGGUUCGUUGAACGUUCCAUAUUCACAGCUAUUUGAUCAGACAAAUCAGGGUUUAAAAUCGAACGAUGAACUUAAGAAAGUUUUUACUGAUGCUGGAGUAAAUCUAUCAAAACCUUCCAUCUAUUCUUGUCAAACAGGAACAACAGCAAGUGCAUUAGCUUUUGCAGCACACAUUCUCGCUCAGCAAUCUCUAUCAGUUUAUAACGGUUCAUUCGGCGAAUGGAAAGAACUUGCACCUCCAGAAUUUAUUGUUCGUGAUCAAGUAGUCGAUCCUGCUGCUUAG